CACCAAAGAGCUGCUCUCUCUCUCUCUAUCUCUCUCACCCUGCAUGUCCACGCUCUCGCUCAGAGGCUUCUCCUCGAAGCAGCUUGCCAGUUCGACCCUCUCCUCGUAUGGAAUGAGCAGCCAGGUGUUUGCCCGGCAGGCGCCAAGCGUAUACGCAGGUGCUGGAGGCUAUGGUGCCUGUAUCUCCUACUCUGUAUUCUCUAGCGGUGGUGGUGACGGUGGAGGCUUUGGCUAUUUAAGUGGCCUGUCGGUGGGGGGUGGUAAGGGUGGGGUUUUUGGCUGUAGUGGUGCAGGUACUGAUGAAGAGCUUGGUGGCUCUAUCAACGAGAAGGCCACCAUGAUAAACCUCAACGACCGCCUGGCCAUCUACCUGGAGAAGGUGCGCACCCUGGAGGCCUCAAAUGCCACCCUAGAGAAGCAGAUCUGUGAGUGGAGCCAGAACCGUAUCAUUGUCACCCAGGACUACAGUGCCUACUGGAAGACCAUCGCUGAGCUCCAGGGCAAGAUCGCUAUAGCAAAUAUAGACAAUGCCAGCAUUAUUCUCCAGACUGACAAUGCCAAACUAGCAGCGGGCGACUUCAGUGCUAAGUACGAGGCUGAGCUGGCAAUGAGGCAGUCCGUCAAGGCCGACAUCGCCGGACUGAAGAGGGUCCUGGACGAGCUGACUCUGGCCAGAUCCUCCAUGGAUAUGGAGAUCGAGGGGCUGAAGGAGGAGCUGGUCUAUCUCAAGAAAAACCACGAGGAGGACCUCCUGGCCUUGAGUUCUCAGGUAGGCGGGACGGUCAAUGUGGAGGUGGACGCUGCCCCACAGCAGGACAUGUCCAGAGUCCUGGAGGAGAUGCGCAUGCAGUACGAGGGCAUCGCCGACAAGAACCGCCGGGAAGUGGAGGCCUGGUACAAAGACAAGUUUGAGGAGCUGAACAAGCAAGUGACCACCAGCACAGAAGUUCUCCAGACAUCCAAGAGUGAGAUCUCAGAACGGAGGAGGACCGUCCAGGGACUGGAGAUCGAAAUGCAGUCUCAGCUCAGCAUGAAAUCUGUGCUGGAGGUCAACGUGGCAGAGACAGAGGGCAGCUACGGGGCACAGCUCAGUCAGCUGCAGGCGUUCAUCCACAGGCUGGAGGCUGAACUGGUGCAGCUCCGAAUGGACAUGGAGCGCCAGGGAAAUGAGUACAAGAUGCUACUGGACAUCAGGACCCGUCUGGAGAUGGAGAUUGAGGAGUACAGGCACCUGCUGGAUGGAGAGGUUGCAGGCAAGUUUUACAAUUCGACUUCAGCUGCUCCUACAGCUCCAGCAGCAGUGAAUGCAAUGGAGGCCUCAGAGCCUCCAGUCAACCAGGCCAAGGAGGUAAAGCACGUGAUCGUAGAGGAGGUUGAUGGCGAGGUGGUCGAUACCAGAGAGGAGAUGAUUUAAGCAGCCCGUGUGAACAGUACCACCUCAGGGAAGAAGCAGCACAACUUCCAACACAGGUGGAAACAAAACAAAACAAAAAAUCUGCAGCUUUCUCUUUUCUGUUAAAUUGAUACACUCAAACAAAUAGAACUGCCAAGCAGUCUUCCUGAGAAUUGCACUGGAUAAAAUGCUUGCCCAUAUUUUUGGUUGUCCUGUUCUGCAAAAGUAAUAAAGGGGUCUUUCUUGCAUUGCAAAA